ACACCACUUGCACUCGCCCGACCAACUGUCCGAGUUCGACGGAUACUCAGCGGUUUGUCGAGCGUUAUCGGGAAUCCUCGCCAGUUGCCACAGUGAUACUAGUGUAGUACCUUAAAAUUUUUAAUUAUAUAAUAUCAUAUAUCAUAUUAUUAUUAUUAUCACCGUUUUUGACGUAAAACCGCAUUGGCGUGUGCGUGUGUAUGUAGUUAAUACAUUUAACAAUAAAUUACUAAUUGCCAAUUUAUUGGUAAUAUUAUCAAUCCCGACCAACACGGGUCCUGUAGAAUUUUGAUUUUCGACACUACUGUUUAUCUCCUCUCAGUCCUCUCCACCGCGUUCGAUUCGGUCGUAAAUAUUGUGGUUUUCGUCCUGCACCGCUGUUCAAAUAAUUUAAAAUGGCUGAUCCAGGAUUUCCUAGUCAACAUACAACUACUACUACUGUUACUAAUACUGAAAUUAUCUCAAACUUGAGAUAUGACAAUACAUACUUAUACACAUUAGAAGGAAAAUUAAAAAUUGCCCAAAUUGUGUUUGUCUUAUUAAGUCUUAUAGCAGUUUCAUUCUCUACAUACAGUAUGUGGUAUCAAAAUAGCGCUGUCACAUCAAUAUCAAUGUUUGGAUUUUGGUUUUCUUUAUUUAUGUUGGUGUUCUAUAUAUUUCACGUGGUUGAAUGUUUUUAUAAAAUACCAUGGCUUAAAAUUGAGAUGAUUUUUGACGUUUGUUGGCCAAUACUUUACCUUUUAUCAGCGUCAUCUGCAGCAGCUUAUACUGGGUUACAUUUUAGCUACAUGAUAAGUUUGUUAUUUGGAUUUGCUGCAAUGUUUGCGUAUGGAUAUGAUGCUUUAUUGAAGUAUCAAGCAAUACAACGCGGAGAAAUUGCACAAGGAAAUAUAUCAAAACAAACAACCACAUCAACUGCAUCAUACUGAUACAAUUUAAUAGUUUUCUUUUUACUAAUUUAUACAUUUCAUCACUAUUUACCAUAUUUAUUUUACUAACAUUAAUAUAUAAUAAUAAUUUUUAAUCAAACAUCACAAUCAUUUUUGUUUUAAAUUAAUUUAAUAUAUUUUAAUAUUUAUACUAACAUAUAUUUUUUUAAUGACAUUUUAUAGCUAUUUUUUAAUAUUAUUCCUAUACCACUGUAAAAUAUCAUAUCAUUUUUAAAGAGUAAUAGAGCUGAUUAUUUGGUAUUUAGUAUCUUUAUUAUUGAUUUAAUAAAUAAUUUAAUUGAUUAUUAUACAUUAACAGUAAACAGGUAUAAAUAACUACUUAAAUAAUUAUGUAUAAAAUCUUUAAAAGUUUAAAGAAUAUAAAAUUACAUUAAAACUUAACAAGUUUAUCUAACGUAUCUGUCUUACUUAAUAUAUAUACAUUUUAUGAUGGUUAGUAUAAUAAGCACUUACAAAAUGAAUAUGUUUUUAUUUAAACAUAUUAAUUAUUUUAAGAUCAAAUUAGAUUAAAUAGAAACAUUAUAUAUAAUUUUAAUAAAAAAAAAAUUUUUUUAUCAAAAUAAUCAUUGAAUUCAAUAUAAUAUUUUUCUAAUAAAAAAAAGAAAUCAAAAUUAAUAAUGUAUAAUAGCAAAAUAAAAUAUAUCUAUUAAUUUGAUUAUUUUAUACCAAAUUAUCAGCUUAAUUGAUCUUUUGUUAUUUCUUGACCUAAGACAUUUUAUUAUUAUUAUAUUUUGUUAAAAAUUGUUUGUUUAUUUUAUUUUGUUUUUUAUUAGAUCUUAAUGUAUAAAUGAUUUAAACUAUUACCAAAACAAAAACAAUAUUAAAAUCUUUGUUACUUAUUCAAAAAACGAUAUUAAGUUUUACAAUAAAUAUUUGUUUGAUAAUAUAUUUUUUUAUAUUUAAUUAAUAGUUAUGGUCGUUAUGGAUUAUAAAUUAUUAUAUUAUUUUUAUCAAAACGAAAAAAAAUUUUUACAUUGGUCAAUUUGAUUUAUUGUUUUUUAUUACAAUUUCAUAUAAUUUUUUCUUUAUUUUAUCUGUAAUCAAUAAUGUGCGUUUUUUUGCAUAUAAACCAACUAUUACCAAAGAAUGUCUUAAAAAAUAAUUCUUUCCUAGUCAUAUUAAAAUCUACAUGCCUUAAUGUUGUUAAUUUAUUUAUUUUAACAGUUUAAACAAUGCGUGUAUUGUUUAUAAUUAUGUUUGUAUUGUAAAAUUAUAUGAGCUUAUAAUAUUAUUACUUCAAACUUAUUAUUGAUAAAUGUUAAAGAUCUACAUUCUAUAGAAUGGUUAAAAUUAUUCAAGUAAUGUAAUAUGUGAUAUAAAUUCUAAAUGUUCAAAUCUGGUCAUAUUUUUUUAUUAUUAUUAUUGUUGUAAUAAAAAUAUACAUUUAAAGAAUUUCAAAGUUUAUUUAUAGAAAGUUACUGAUAAAUAUUUUGUUUAAAAUGUCAUUGAACUAAGGUAUCUAUAUUUUUUAAAUUUCUAAACUGUUAAACUAGUUACACAUGGAUUUAUUUUGAUAAAUGUACUUAUGUAUUGGUAUAUAAAUCUGUCAAUUUUAUGAUUUUUAAGUGCACUUAUUAAUCAAAAUCAGCAAGACAUCCGUCCAAUAAUAUAUGAUAUAAAUUUUUUUUUUAUUAUAUUCGUAUACAUAUGAGUUAAAAUAUGUUAUUUUCUGUUAUUGCCUUUUUUAACUUUGUAACAGUAUAUGCAAUUUAAACAAUUAUAUUUAAUUAUUUAUAAUUCAAUGUUAUAUGCUUAAUAUUUUGUAUAGAAACGUUUAUCACUGUUAUGACUAAUAAUCAACUUAGCAAAAAUAAUAAAUGAGAAAUAAAGCACGACGUUUUAUGUCGAUCGACGUGUA